AUGGGUAAUGGUGCUAUUGUGGAGGCAAAAGGAAAAGGAAGAAUUGAUGUCAAAACUAAGAAGGGGGUGAAGCAGAUUCAUGAUGUCUUGCUUGUUCCAAAACUAAGUCAAAAUUUGCUUAGUGUUGGACAACUUGUGGAGAAUGGCUAUCGUCUUGUUUUUCAAGAUGGUGCAUGCAUCAUUUAUGAUAAAAAUGCAGUUGAGAUGGUGAUUGCAAAGGUGAAAAUGGAGAGGAAUAGAAAUUUCCCCAUUGAAUUUCAAUAUGCUGAAGUUGCUGCCAUGAAAGCUAAUGUUGUGCAGGACUCUUGGCUAUGGCACAAGAGAUUUUGUCAUCUAAACUUCCAGGGGCUGAAGCUACUCCAGAAGAAUAGUAUGGUGAACGGGCUGCCGGAAAUUAAGGAAACAACAGAUGUAUGUGAAGGGUGCAUUAUGGGCAAGCAAAACUGUAAUUCUUUUCCUCGACAAAGCACGUGGUGA